GCCCGCCGCUGGAGGUGGAGCCUCAGUCCGGCUCCGCUCACGUUGUUGUGUGUCGGCACUUGCCCCGUGUGAUCGCCCGAUCUGUGGGGGAAGAAAUGCGAGAGCAGGGCCCCUGCUGAGGAAGUGACAUGAGAACACUGCUUUCACCGCAGCGUCAGCCCGACUCUCCGCUCCCUGGACCGCGAUGCCCCCGCAGCGAGUGUUCGCCCUGCCGCGGCAGCAGUCCCUGCUGCUGCCCGCCGUCAUCAACCCGUUCGUGCAGGACACCAAACUGUCCCGAGCUGCGAUAAUUAAAUGUGUCCUCCUGGGAAUCUUCCUGGUCCCCAUUCGCGCCAUCCUGCUGUCCCUGGUUCUCAUGGUGACAUGGCCGGUGGCCAUCAUAACAACCUUCAAGCAUCCUCUGAAAGGAGCCGUGGAGCCAAUGACAGGCUGGCGACGGUUCAUGUGUCGGAGAUUGAUGGCCGCCCUGGGGAGGAUUUACUACUUCUGCAUGGGCUUCAGAGUGGUGGUCAAGGGGAAGCAGGUCAGCAGCAGUGAGGCCCCCAUUCUGGCUGUCGCCCCCCACUCCACCUUCUUCGAUGGGAUCGUGUGCAUCGUCGCAGGCCUGCCCUCCACCGUCUCCCGCGUCGAGAACCUGGCUACACCCAUCUUUGGCCGGUUCGUGCGCUGUCUCCAGCCAGUGCUGGUGUCCAGAAAGGACCCUGACUCACGGAAGAAUACAAUCCAAGAGAUUGACAGCAGAGCCAAGUCAGGAGGACACUGGCCACAGGUUCUCAUCUUUCCAGAGGGAACGUGUACGAAUCGCUCAUGUCUCAUCACUUUCAAACAAGGUGCCUUUAUCCCAGGGGUCCCUGUGCAGCCUGUGGUUAUGAGGUAUCCCAACAAACUGGAUACAGUGACUUGGACCUGGCAGGGUUUCAGCUCGAAGACGCUGCUGCUUCUAACACUGUGCCAGCUGUACACCACAGUGGAGAUAGAGUUCCUGCCGCCGUAUAUUCCCUCAGAAGAGGAGAAGAAAAAUGCGCCUCUGUUUGCCAGCAGAGUGCGAGAAACUAUGGCGCACGCUUUGGGAGUUCCAGUAACAGACCACACUUAUGAAGACUGCCGCCUCAUGAUCUCUGCUGGUGAACUGACUCUGCCCAUGGAGGCCGGCCUGGUCGAGUUCACCAAAAUCAGCCGUAAACUCCAUCUGAAGUGGGACAAUGUGAGGAAAGAGCUGGAGGGUUUCGCGUCCAUGGCGAGCUCCUGUAAGGGAGGACGCAUCACUAUCGAUGAGUUUUCCAGAUUCCUGAAGCUACCAGUCAGCUCUGCCCUUGAGGAGCUGUUUGCACUGUUCGACAGGAACGGCGAUGGCACUAUAGACUUCAGAGAGUACGUGAUCGGUGUGACCAUCUUGUGUCGACCAGCCAACACUGAAGAUGUUCUCCGAAUGGCUUUCAAGCUGUUUGACACAGAUGAGGAUGAGAGGAUCACCAGGGAGGAGUUCACCGCUCUGCUGCGCUCCGCUCUGGGUGUGUCCAAUCUCAACAUGACCAAGCUCUUCAAGGAGAUUGACGCUGACGGCUCCGGCUUCAUCACCUUCAGUGAAUUUCAAUCCUUCGCCACAAGCCACCCGGAGUAUGCCAAGCUCUUCACCACCUACCUGGAGCUCCAGAGAUAUCAAGCGAUCCAGGAGGCGACGCCAGGUGAUCUGGAACUCACCGGUCAGCCCAGUUCAGGGGAACAACAGGAGGAGAGCACCUCGGACAAGAAAGAUGACUGAGACGGACGACGAGCGUAAAAAUAACCUUCGUGACUGCGCUGAGAGACAGUAAACUGUACUGACUGCACUGAGAUGGAAAAGGCAGCAAACUUGAGUCAGUUGCUAUGGCGUUGCCAUAUUGUAGGUCAUGUGCUUGCCUUUUCAUUAAUGUGGUUUAUUGAGUACUUCUAUUUUCAAUUUUAGUGCCUUAUAGAGAUUUUAAAAAACUACUCCCCAAGUCAUUGCACAACAAAUGUCUUAUGGCCAGAGGCUGAUAUUGCUUAUACGUCUUGCGUACAUGAGUGUGUGUGUGUGUGUGUGUGUGUGUGUGUGUGUGUGUGUGUGUGUGUGUGUGUGUGUGUGUGUGUGUGUGUGUGUGUGUGUGUGUGUGUGUGUGUAUUUUACCUGUCCUUUUAGAAAAAAAUUAAACAAUUAAAAGUUAGUUAAGGGUGACAUGAAAACUCUGUGUUUUAGUGACCUGUGUAAAACCUGCAGUCUUUAUAGUUGUAAUGUUAAUAACAGUGUUUACGAUAUACUUCAGUAUAUAUUCCUCAUUGUUAAAACUGCCUCACCAUGUUUUCCACUUGGAUGCACCACUCUCUGUAGCCUGAGCUUUCCCCUCGCUUGCUUGGACUUAGAUGAACUUAGCGUUGUGUACCUUUAUCCUUUGUCUUUGUGGUUUCAUGUAAAUGAGCAGAGAAAUUGCCAAACACAACAAACACUGUUUUAAACAAAAGUGAAGAGUCCUCGUGCUUCUGUGUUUCUGUAUAAUUAGCGAACAGUAAGCUUUAUUAAGAUCUUUCUAAUCUGGCAACACGCAGUUGCUCCGCAGAGCAUACAUGCUGCUUGUUACACUUUUUUUGCCCAGCGCUCAGGGACACAGACCUUGUAAGGUGGCUGUAUAAUUAGCCAGAGGUUUGCUUUGCAUGUGUACCCAUUUGCAUUUCCACUGAAUACGGUUUUGCUGAGGCAGCAGUGCGUCUAUGUGGCUUUAAGUUUACUAAAGCAAAUCAAGCAUUGAAAAUAGGGCAAUUUGUGAGCAAAAAGGCAACAGUGCUUCUUCACAACAGCAUAUUCCAGCAGGGUAUGCUUUCAGAUUAACUAGCACUGCUGUUAUUUAUUUAGCAAACAGGGUGCAUUGCAAUUAUGUGAUUGUUUUUUUUUUCUUCUCCUUUUUGCCAAGUUUGCUUUUUAGAAUAAAACAAGAGUACAAUUUUAA